UGCAAAAAAAGAAAAGGACCAUAAACAGUCGAAAUAUAAGCACAGAAUGGACAUAAAGCAACGAACACGUAAGGAAGCGUUUUAGACUGUAGAUGGCGUCCGCAUCUCUACCACUCGUCGAUGGAGGCUUCAUUUUCUACUCACAACACUCGUUCCUCUCUAACCACCGCCACUCUGCAACUCCUUAUAAUUGGGGAUGGAGAAGAGACCAAGAGACAAGCAUGGCCAUCAAAAGGACCAGAGGACAAGCAUUUCAAAUCUUGGCUAAUCCUAAUGUAUGCAUUAAUCCAAGGCUUCCACAUGUAUACUGACGAAAUAUUUGGUUUGAAUAUGAUCACAGGUUUUGUAGGGAGAGGAGGCUCAAAUAAGGAAGUGAUCAUGGUUGAUCCUUUGGAAGCCAAGCGGUUGGCUGCUAAACAAAUGAAAGAAAUUAAAGCAAAAGAGAAAUUCAAGAGAAGACGCCAAAUUGAAGCCAUUAAUGGAGCAUGGGCAAUGAUUGGUCUCACGGCAGGUUUGGUAAUCGAAGGUCAAACCGGAAAAAGUAUUUUGGCACAGUUGGCUGGAUACUGGAGCACCAUUGUCAGUUUUUUUGUGUGACGUGGGUAAAGAUUGAGAAAUUGCAGAUUCUUCUUGGAUCGUUCUUUGAAACCGAACCUGUUAGAUCUUUCAAAUAAUAUUGCUUCUGUCCACAAAUCUUGUACCUUUUUAUUUGAAUUGAUACUCUUUACGUACAUUGUAAAAAUUCUUUCUGCCAGCACAGUUUAAUCAGAUUCUAAUAUGUAAAAACUCUUUCUGCCA